UUUAAAUUUAGUGUUUAUUAUAUUAUUAUUUAUAUAAGUAAUACAUUAGUUGAAGAUUAAUCUGUGUCAGCGGUCAGUGGCUGAUGCUUACAAAAUACAAAUUCUCAAAAGCGAAAGUUUUCCUCAUUUAUUAAUAAAUAAGUUUGCUUUGAUGAUUGAGUAAUUUAUUUAUUACUCUGAUAUAAAAAUCAAGAUGAUGGGAACACUUGAGAUGGAAUCAGAAAUAGUUACAACUACUAAAAAGGGUAUUGAAAUCUUGCUAACUGAAUCAAAAAAGGUAGAAAACAAUUCAAAUAAUGUUGAAAUUGAUUCCGUGAUGAAAGAUGAUGUUGCCGUUGCUAUCGAAUCCUUAUCUAUCGUUGAUACUAUACCAGAAUAUCUCUAUGAUAAUGAUUCAAGCUCUUCAGAUGAUAUUAUACAUGAGACUAAAAAUGAAGUGAGCUCCAUUGGAAAAAAUCAAAUAGUAACUGCUACAAUUAAAGAUCCGAAAACAAUUAUGAGUCAAAUUAAAAAUCUUGAAUGUUUAUUUACAUGGUAUAUAAAACCAAAUAAUGAGAACAAUUUAAUUUUAUUGAUACAGAAUAAAUAUGGAGAAUACAACUUAAAUAUACAAUCAUCUGAGUUUACAUUAGAAAGGUAUAUAGGGAAUUUAAUUAUUUCUUAUGAAUUGUUUCAUAAGAAUGAACCCGAAUUAGCUCAAUUCAAAUUGUUGGCAAUUCAAGAUUGGCUUGAAAAUUUAGAUAAAGGAACUGAUGAGUUUUAUUUGUCUAUUAAUACCGGUCUUCAUCAUGUUGUGAAAGCUACAUUCAUUCAUAUGUUAUAUAUUACAAAUCUUACUGAAGAAUGUAAAUGGAUAUUGAAUGAUGUUGUAUUAUAUUCCCAUUUGAAUAUUAAAUCAAAAGCAACAAUUAAUGCAAUACGCGGGGCUAUAUUAACCGAGUAUGGUGCAAACAAUAUGAUCUAUUUAAAAAGAGCAUGCAGUAAUGCUAAGAGAGCAUGUGAAUUAGAUCCUACAACGUCUCAUUGGUUUUACAUUUAUUCACUUGCAUUGACAGCUAUCAGACAAUUCUUUCAUAAAUCAACUCCAAACAUAUGUGAAAUAAAUGCAAUUAAUCAAGCAUGUAUGUUGUCAAAUGGAAAAAAUGCUCUUUUCAAUUACCAACAAUUAAGUCUAUGUAGAUAUGAUACAGUUAGAAAUUAUAAUCGUGAUAAUAAUAAAAAUCAACAACAUGAAAAAUGUGUUUCUGUUGUUAAGAAUAUUAUCAGCAUGGAUCCAAAAGAUCCACUUUUAGUAGUCAAGUGUGCUAGAAUUUUAAUGACUCUUCCUAAUAUGGUUCUUGAAUUUAAUCUGGGAAAACAAUGUUUAAUGAAAGCCUUUGAAUUGGCACCAAAUGAUGAGACUGUUUUAAAAGCUAUUAGUGAAGCAGUCAACCCUUAUAAAAAUAAUACUAAACCUAAAACAUCUAUAAAUAAACCAGAGCAACCACCGUUAAGGACUAAAAUAUCAAAACUAACAAUUGAUUUAAAAUGUAUAAAGAAAAAACAUAUGAAUGGAGAAGAUCCUGUUUCUUACCUAAUUAAUUUGGUUUCUAAAUAUGAUGGACUUGAACAAUCAAAAAUUUUAGCUCAAUUAUGUUCGUAUUUAAUAUUAUACACAAACAACCUAAAACUUGGCAUUGAUCAGUUUAUUAAGUUGAUUGAACAACCAGGAAUUGCCAAUAAUGCUAUUAUUACAAAACAUUCUACGGUAAUGGGAUCACAAGAAAUUAAUUUUAAUUUAUCAGAGCUAAUUUUCAAUGAAAUUAGAUUAGCUACAAAUAUAAGUGGCAUUUCUGCUGAAGAUACAAUUUAUUAUUAUAAAAUGUUAGCUAAAAUCAUGGAAACUUGUAAUUUAAAUAUUAAAGGUAUAGAUUCAUCAAUGAAGGUCAAGCUCAUUGCUGAUUUGACAACAGUCCAAUUUAAAACUGAAUCAUCACCAAGAGUGUACAUUGGAAAAAGAUAUAAUUUUAAAAAAAAAUGUAUUUAAAAACUAUAUACAUAGGUACAAAAUAAUGUAUAAUUAUAAUUAUUAAGACAUACAAUUAAACAAAAACUAAAAUUCGACUUAAUAUGGAACUAAAUUUGAAUCUCCCAUUUAAUUUUGUUCGUAUGUAAGGAAUUUUUCACAUACACGUUUUAAUGAUAAAUA